GUUCGAGUAGUGUCAAGUAAAGUCUAUUAAUUUGUAGGUUAUAUUGUUAUUAGUCGCCUCGCCACUACGCCGUUCUAUGCAAAUUCAAUCUUUUAUGGUGAAAUGGCCGGUGUACGAGUGUAUAGAUUAGGUUACCAGUUCAGUAGAAUUCUUUUAUUUAAAGACUUGAAGUGUAUUAGGCUAAAGUCACCAAUUUAUGCUACUAAUAAUUAUUUCAAACAGGAACAUUCGUUUGCUUCAUAUAGGUUACCUUUGAAUGUAUGCUGCAGGCAUUACCAGGCAGGGCGGAUUCUGCAACAGUUGCACACCGAAAUAAAGAAUGAACAGAACAAAGAGGAGAAAAUGAAUGAGGAUGAAGAAGAAAUGGCUAGAAGAAGACAGGAAGCCAACAGAAAAACAAAGUACAUGCUGAUUGCUAUGGGAUCGUUUCUAGGACUGCUCGGCGGUAGUUUGGUAUUCAACUUGGGUGCACCUCGCCUAGACGAAGAUGGAAAUGAGGUAGAAGAUGAGUUCUCUUCGCUGCCAAUUGUGUCGCAGUACUUGAAACGGAUGCUUAGAGAGCUCGAUUAUUAUAAUAAGAUGCUGAAACACCCUUCUCGAGAUAAGCUGUUACCCGAUCCUUUGCCAUACCCCUACCAGCAACCUCCUUACACUCUAGUACUGGAGCUCAAGGAUCUACUAGUACACCCUGAAUGGACGUACCAGACUGGUUGGAGGUUCAAGAAAAGACCAGGUGUUGAUCAGUUUCUGGAGCAGGUGGCAUCACCCUACUUUGAGGUGGUCAUUUUCACAGCUGAGCCAGGAAUGACCGUGUUUCCUAUAAUUGAUGGCCUGGACCCUAAUGGUUACAUCACAUACCGACUGGUGAGAGAUUCGACCGAUUUUGUGGAUGGACAGCAUGUCAAGAAUUUGGAUUGUCUGAACAGGGAUCUUAGCAAGGUGAUAGUAGUUGACUGGAACCCGGGCUCGGUGAAGUUCCACCUGGACAACACGCUGGUGGUGCCGCGCUGGUCCGGCAAUAUGGACGACACCUACCUCAACGACCUGUCAGCGUUUCUGCGCACCAUAGCUGCCUCAGAGGUGGGCGACGUGCGUGACGUCAUCAGACACUACCAGCAGUUCGACAAUCCCAUAGAGGCGUUCAGGGAGAAGCAACGUUUGCUCAUGGAGCAAAUGGAGGAACAGGAAAAGAUGAAGAAACAGAAACCCGUACCAUUCACAUUGUGGCCAGGAAGGAUAACAAGAUAAAGAGAGAUUCACUUCAAACUGUCAGAAUUGUAAAAAAAUAACAUCAAUUCUCACAGUUUAAAGUGAAACGCAUGAUAGAAACUUCAAUUUUCUCCUAAGAUUUAUUAGAAAUUGCGAAUGAAUGCUGCUGUGUUGGAUGUAUCGAUUAAUUUUCAUCGAUGUUUGAUGUAGCGAUUAAUUUGCAUCGAUGUUGGAUGUAGCGAUUAAUUUGAAUCGAUGUUGGAUUUAUCGAUUAAUUUGCAUCGAUGUUUGAACAUUGAUGUCGAUCUCUGUUCAUUUAAAUAGUGUGUUAGAUUAUAAUUUUGUUAUCAUUGUUUUCGAAUUUGAAAUAAAACUAGAAUUGUCAAACAA